UUAGUGAUUAUUUACCACUUUAGCAUUUAUAGCUUUCACUCUUGUCUUCCAAGCUCCCACCGUAAACCCUUCUUUUCUUCUCAAACUUUUGCAGCAGAAAGAAAGUAAAAGGAGAAAAAACCUUACAAAGCUUUAAAAAAACGCAGCGUUUUGAAAGGCUGACGAUUCUGGCUUUCCCUACCAUGGAAGCUUUCAGUCUCCUCAACUACUGGAAGAACAAUGGUGGCGGUGGUGUUUCCUCCGGCCUUAGCUUCCUCCCUCCUCAGUCCUCCGACUCUUCUUGCUGUUACUCCGGCGAACCCACCACCAUUGUCACCUCCGUCUCUGUCACGGAAACCGAGGAAGAAGAUGCCGGAGACGACGAAGGACCCUUCUUUGAUCUCAAGUUCGCUCUUCCUGUUGAAGAAGAAGAAGAAAGCGAAGAACACGGAGAUGAAGUUUCCGAAGACGACGUCGGAGGAGGUAAAAGCGGAGAGGGAGAUUCCGACUGUACCGAGGGUGGUUGUGAGUACAAGUUCACGCUCUCGUCGUGUUCCGGCGGAGAAGAUCAAGACCUUAUAGUCUCUCCUUCCGGCGACGUUUACUUAAAGGGACAGAUCGUGGAGGAGGUUGAACCACCGUCUACGGGAACAGAGCAGACGUGCUCCGUCAAAGCUCCGGCGGCGCAGUUAUCGGCGUCUAUUUUGAAAUCAGCUACUAAGCUUCGUGUGUUCAUGCUCGGCAUGAAGAAGUCGAAGCUACUCCAGGCGAAAUCUGGAGACUUAGACAAGCAAACUCCUCCUCCACCUCCUCCGUCGCAACCACCGUCUCAGUCGCCGGAGUCUCAACUGAAAAGUACCGUUACGGUGAGUUUAAAACCGGAAGAAGUGCCAAUAGUCUCUCUCUUCACGAGAGAUAACAGCUCAAGAAACUCCUCAUCGUCGUCCUCUUCUCCGUCCACCACGAAGAGGCAAAACGGCAGCGAGCCCGUCGUUUCGGAAGAGAACCGGUUCGUGAUGAUGCAAAAGUAUCUGAAGAAAGUGAAGCCUCUUUACGUCAGAGUUUCGCGUCGUUACGGCGAGAAGUUGAAGCACUCCGGCCCGUUAAGCUUGGACUCCUCCGCUCCGGCGAGUAUACCCGCGGCGGAGAAAGCGGGGUCUCCGGUGAAGAAGGCUCAUAAGCCGGGAAACAUAAACAUCAACAUUCCGGCGGGUUUUAAAGUAGUGAGGAAGCACCUCGGUAAAAGCAGAUCCUCUUCCUCGACGACGACGACUCCGCCGGCGGCGACUGUUACGACGCCGUCUGAGUCAAGGAGACGUGACGACUCGCUUCUGCAGCAGCAAGAUAGCAUUCAAAGCGCUAUUUUACACUGCAAAAGAUCUUUCAAUUCCUCUCGAGAUAAAGAUCCGUCGGUGUUACCAAGAUCGGUAAGUGAUUCAUCCUCUUACGAUAAAUGAGACAAUCGUGGAUCUUUUUCUCGCAUAAUAAUUAUGUUUAUUGUAAAUACUAGUAUAUUUUUAGCUUUGUACUUUGGUAAGAGUGGUAGCAGCUAUGUUUGGUCAUGUAGUGAUGAUGACUAAUGAAACUUUGGAACAUCAAAAGCUUAUGAAGAAGAAAAAUAGACUUCUUCUUCUUCCUUUU